AUGAGACAGUCGCUUAUGUCCGUCGUCUUCGCCGCAGCACUCUUGAUCGAGUGCUAUGCACUGUCAGUGGCGUCGCCAGUGGGCAAGACUGACGACGGCUCCUUGGAGCGGGACACUUUCGCCUCGCUGCUGAGCGACGACGCGACAGAAAACGGCCUCGGCGACGCAGAUCCGGCCACUAGCAGAACCAGGAGACAGAGGGUAAUCGUCAUCGCCGAUCCGAGCCUGUGGAGGGACCUGCGGGUGCUGCACAGCGGAGUGUCCCUCUACAAGCGGAGAGCUGACGACAACAGCCAGGUCAUCGAGCAGAGAGACGACGGCCAGGACCUGAACAUCCCCAUCCUGAGGAGGGACACAAUGAGGUGCAUGGUGGGACGGGUGUACCGGCCAUGCUGGGAAGUCUAG